CAAUUCAGUGUUUAAGGAAUUUUUGACAUCAAGGACAUGACUUGAACCAUGAAUAAUAAAUAAUAGAACACAAAAGAUAAAUUGAAGUUUAAAUUUUAUAUAAAAAAAAGCACAAAAUUUAUAAAAAUGGAUAAAAAUGAAGAACCGGAAUUUGAUUGGGUCCAAAUUAGAAAAGAUAUGGGAAAUUUCCCUUUAGAAGAAACAACUAAAGAAAAAAUGAUACGAAAAAUGAAAGAGAAUCCUUUUGUUCCAAUAGGAUGCUUAGCAACAUUUUCGGCACUUUCAUAUGGUUUAUGGAGUUUUCGUCAUGGUAGAAGGAAGACAUCACAAUUAAUGAUGAGACUUCGUGUAGCAGCUCAAGGUUUUACAUUAGUUGCUCUUGUAGCGGGUAUUGGUUUGGCUGCGGCUAAACCUCAAGUUGAAGCAAAUAAAUCAAAGUAAAAUCUCAAGCAAUGUAUAAGAAUGCCUCAAUUGACUGUGUAUAGUAUUUAGUUAAAAAAUAUAUAUUAUUAUGAUUUGA